AUGGCCGCCGCGGGGAGACUGACAUUCUUGUACCCCCAAUUGGUGCGUGCGGCUACGAGGGGCUGUGGCCCGACGCUGGGAUGGGCGACGACGGUUCCGACGACGACAACGACAACAGCUGCAACGACUGUCAGAUGGAAAAGCUUGAUUUCGAAGAGGCAUGGGAAGGCCGUUGAGCCCGCCGAAUGGGAGAAGCAGCAGCAGCUACACCAGCAGAAGCAGCAGGAGCAGCAGGAGCAGCAGGAGCAGCAGGAGCAGCAGGAGCAGCAGGAGCAGGACGAACAGGCAAAGGCGACGCAAGAUAAGACGGCGACGGAUAGUAGCACAACAGAGGAGGCCCCGGCCAAGGCCCAAGCCAAGUCUGGCAUUGGAAAACUGUAUUUCGAGAGCGGAGAGAAGACAACAGGCCAGGCUGCUGCAACAGAUGCCCCGGAGACCGAAGCAGCAGCUCUGAAGAGUCAGCAUCAGGACCCCAAGUCGGCUCAGACGCAGAGUGAUUCAAAGCCUCCAGAGCCAACGACUGCGGAAGCAGAAGUAAUACCAAUGCCACCGCCUAAGCCGCAGACGGAAUCCAGCGAUUCGACUUCGACUUCGACUGCAAGCGCCGAACCCAAGACAGACAAGCCCAAAGAUACCUCGAAGAUGAGCGACAAGCUGGAUAGCGUCUAUUACAUGAGUGCCCCGGAAAGUUUGGCAUCAUCGUCGACGCCGUCCAUGUCCCCCCCGAAAUAUGUUCAUCACUUUGACACCUAUUCCCUGGUUCAGCAGCUGCAAGAAGGAGGAUACUCAAGCGACCAGGCUACCACCAUGAUGAAGGCUGUGCGAGCUCUCCUGGCGCAUAACUUGGAUAUGGCGCAGGAAAAGCUUGUUAGCAAAAGCGAUGUAGAAAACGAGUCUUAUUUGUUCUCUGCGGCAUGCUCUGAGCUGAGCGCCGAGAUUAAAAACAAUCGCCGCGCCUCGGAUGAGCAGAUUCGACAGCAGCGCACGCAUUUGCAGCACGAAGUCGACAUUUUGACGCAAACGUUAAACCAGGAGCUGCUGACUUUGAACGAUAACGUGCGAGGAGCCUUUAACGAUCGGAAGAUGACGGUUAGAGAGGAGCAAAAGGGAGCGGAUAGUGCCAUCCAACAAAUCACCUACAAAAUCAGCAUCAUGCUGAGUAGCGACUCCAAAUCGGAAAUAGAAGGCGUGCGAUGGAUUCUCAUCCGCCGAUCCGUUGUUGGCAUCCUCUUCAUGGCCAUUGUGACGUUGGGCACCAUCCGGUAUGCUACGUAUGUCAGCCACGAGCGCCAGCGGGAGCAGGAUCGCAAGAAGAAGGAGGAGGAAGAGCUGAGAAGAGACGGUGGCAAGAGUGAUCGCACCUCUGCGCCAGAUGCGGCUGCUAUUUUGGCAGCAAAUUGA